AUGCCGCCAUUUCCAGUUACAACGCAGGGGUCAGAGCAAGUGCCCCAGAACCACUAUGGCGUUACUUCUCCUAUCAGCCUAGCAGCCCCCAAGGAGACUGACUGCAUCCUCACCCAGAAACUCAUCGAGACUCUGAAGCCCUUUGGGGUGUUUGAAGAGGAAGAGGAACUGCAGCGCAGAAUUUUAAUUUUGGAAAAAUUAAAUAACCUGGUUAAAGAGUGGAUACAUGAAAUCAGUGAAAGUAAGAAUCGUCCACAGUCAGUGAUUGAAAACGUUGGCGGAAAAAUUGUUACAUUUGGAUCUUACAGAUUAGGAGUACAUACAAAACGUGCUGAUAUUGAUGUGCUGUGUGUUGCACCAAGUCAUGUUGAUGAAAGUGACUUUUUCACCUCAUUCUAUGACAAGUUGAAAUUAUAGGAAGAAGUAAAGGAUUUAAGAGCUGUUGAAGAGGCAUUUGUACCAGUUAUCAAACGUUGUUUUGAUGGGAUAGAGAUUGAUAUUUUGUUUGCAACAUUAGCCCUGCAGACCAUUCCCGAAGAUUUGGACCUACAAGAUGAUAGUCUACUUAAAAACUUAAACAUAAGAUGCAUAAGAAGUCUUAAUGGUUGCAGGGUAACCGAUGAAAUUUUACAUCUAGUACCAAACACUGACAACUUCAGGUUAACACUGAGAGCUGUCAAACUGUGGGCCAAACGCCACAACUUCUAUUCCAAUGUAUCAGGUUUCCUCGGUCGUGUUUCCUGGGCCAUGCUGAUAGCAAGAACUUGUCAGCUUUAUCCAAAGGCAAUACCAUCAGCUCCUGUACUUAAUUUUUUCUUGGUAUUUUCUAAACGGGAAUGGCCAAAUCCAGAGCUAUUGAAACAGCCUGAAGAAUGCAAAUUUAAUUUGUCUUUAUGGGAUCCAAGGGUAAGCCCCAGUGAUGGGUACCUUCUUAUGCCUACAUAUACACCAGCAUACCCACAGCAGAACUCCAUGUACAAUGUGUCUGUUUCAACAAGGAUGGUCAUGGUUGAGAAGUUUAAACAAGGUCUUGCUAUCACAGAUGGAAUUUUGCUGAGUAAGGCAGAGUGGUCCAAACUCUUUGAAGCUCCUAACUUCUUUCACAAGUACGUAUUUUAA